AACUUUGCAACAUACAGACUUCUCAUGGCUGCGAGAAAACUACAAGCCGAGAUCGAACGAACGCUCAAAAAAGUAUCCGAAGGAGUCGAGAUUUUUGAGAGCAUAUUUGAAAAGAUUUCGACUGCAUCCAACCAAGCUCAAAAGGAAAAGUUUGAAGGCGAUCUCAAAAAGGAAAUCAAAAAACUCCAACGGUAUCGUGAUCAGAUCAAAUCAUGGGCAUCAUCAAAUGAGAUCAAGGAUAAGAGAGCGUUGCUUGACAACCGGAAACUGAUUGAGCAGCAAAUGGAGAAAUUCAAAGCGAUGGAAAAGGAACUCAAAACAAAAGCCUAUUCACAGGCAGGGUUAAAUGCAGCAAGUCGCAUAGAUCCACAGGAAAAAGAAAAGGAGGAUCUUCGACAGUGGAUAGCUGAAAUGACCGACGAGCUUAAUGUUCAAAUUGAUAUGCUUGAAGCUGAGCUUGAAACUCUUCAAAUAGCCGUUCGUAAAGCUAAAAAAGGCGACUCUUCUAAAUCUGAUCGGGUUAGUAAGAUUGACAAGAUCAUCGAGCGGCAUAAGCAUCAUCAGACUACACUUGAGAUUGUGUUGCGAAUGAUGGAUAAUGGAAAUUUGAAGCUUGAAGAGGUUGCAAGUGUUCAAGAUGAUGUAGCAUAUUAUGUCGAGUCCAACCAAGAUCCUGAUUUUGAGGAAGAUGAAGGUAUAUACGAAGGCUUGAAUCUUGAGGAAGCAGAAGCAUACGGUUUUGCAAACGAAGAUGAGGACGAGGAUGAUUCAGAUACUGACACUCCAAUGGUAUCACCACCUCUCAAGGAACGAGAGAUCACAGUAAAGAAUCAUGCAAAAGAUCGAGAUGCUGACUCGGAAAUAAAACGAAAAGGAAGUAAAAAUGAUCACGACGUAAAGGUUUCUUCUCCAUCCAAAUUAAAGGCAACGGUGUUGCCAGUGCGUGCAACAGUCAAGGAGGAUCUUGCUAAAGGAUCCAUGUUAAAAUCGAUUAUACUUCCUCCUCGCCCAGCCCCAACACCCGUUCGUAGCGUAACUGGUACUGCUCUUGUUGAGGCACCUGCACCACUCUCACAGCGAUACGCCGCCGCCGCUGCAUCUACCACUAUCCCAGAUCCACACAUCAAACCUUUCAAGGCAGCAGAUACUGGAAAAGGAAUACGACAACUUACUGCAGAUGUUAUGGUACCAGCAGCUGCUAAUUUAACAGUUGCUGGGAGUCAUCAAACAUCGUCAUUGGCUGUUUUGGCCACUAAUGUGCCUACUCAUACGGAAGAGAUUAACGGAAAACAGCAUUCGAUACACACUACUCUACCAAAUGAGAACCAUCCUUUGGCAGUGCAGACACUUGCACAAAAAGGAUCACCUCAAUCUCUUACUACAGUAUCACCAUCGCGAGUCACGUUCAAUCUAGCCAACUCUCAAUACACAUCCACUUCAACAUCAAUGCCUCCUUCACUUAGUCCGUCAUCCAAUCGCAGCCUUGUAGCUACUCCAUUAGCAAGUGAGACUUUUUCCAAUGAUAUGCUUCAUCGGAUAGCUCUUGACCAAUCAGCAGAGUCUUCACCACCCAUAAUGGAAGCAAUGGAUAAUCAUUUGCCACCCAUUUUGGCUGAUUUGGUUGCUUCUUUUGAUAUUGCUAAAGAGCGAUCGCAGCGAACUAGCAAUGAUGCCUAUUUUUCUCGAAUGGUUGAAUCUAGCUUUCAAUGUCUAAUAGACGCUACAGACUCGGCAAAGUCCAAGGCAUACACUGCAAAAGAUCCAUAUCCAGUUCCAAGCUACUACCCACAGACUCCGCUGGCAACAUUUGAGUCUAACCCGUUAAUUUUUGAGCGGUUUGAUGUGGACACACUCUUUUUCAUCUUUUAUUACCGUAUUGGAACAUACCAGCAAUUUCUUGCAGCGCGAGAACUCAAACGACAAUCAUGGCGAUUUCAUAAAAAAUAUCUAACAUGGUUUCAACGGCACGAAGAGCCAAAAACCAUUACAGACGAGUUUGAGCAAGGAACUUAUGUGUAUUUUGACUACGAGGAGUCAUGGUGUCAACGAAAAAAGACUGACUUUCGAUUUGAGUACAAAUAUUUGGAAGACGAGGUUCAAUUGCAAUAGAAUUAUUUUUAUGUUUUUGAGU